AUGUGGAUAUACAGCGUCCUCCCGAUGCUUUACAUCCAGGUGAACGCCAUGUCCGGAUUCUGCGAGAUCAAAAACAUGUCCCUGAUCAAGUUCCAGCUGAUAUUCAUGGUGAUCAGCGUUUGUCUAACCGUACUAACUGCGCUGGCGCUGAAAAACAUCAGGAGGACUUUGAUGGAAGCCGGAAGAUCGCCUUUCAAGCUCGAAAUCCUCUUCUACAGGCUGCUCAUAAUCAGCGUGGGCAUAAGUCUCCCGCACAUCUGCUAUUUGCUGGGCCAGUUUUACGACACGUACAACGUCGCUUUGGUGAAGUUGGUGCUGAGGACUGUCAGCAUAAUUUUCUCGACGCUUUGGGUGUAUUCGCCGAAGACGUUCAGAACGUGGAACGACCUGAUUUGUUCCGCGUUCAAAUCUAAACCGGAAACCAGGGUGAUAACGGAGAAACCCAAGAAGAAAACCCUACUGAAAGCCUUAAUCCCCAAGAUAUUCAAAAACGGGGGGAUCCCUCACCUGGGACCAGUCACCAAAGUCUAA